UUUUCAUAUCCUUCCAUACCCUGCUUCUUUCAUUCAACUAUGUUUUUGAGAUCCAUCUGUUAAGAAAUAUAGCGAUAGUUCUUUUUGCUCCUGUGCAUAAGAUGUACAGCAUUUCAUUCUAUGAGUACACCACUAUUAUCAUUCUCCUACUGAUAGACAUUUAAACCGUUUCUUUCUUUUCUUUUCUUUUUUUUGCUGCAAUAGACAUUUUAAUGCAUUUGCUGAAACAUAAGAAAGAUUCUCCAUCUAGGACUAGAAUUUCUGCAUUUCUGUAACCAGCUUUCUGGUGGAGAUGACCUUCCCAUGAUAACAUGACUCUCGCAAAGGAUCUCAUUCAUCCCUCUCCAGAAGAGGAGAAGAAGAAACACAAGAAGUGCCUGGUACAGAGCCCCAAUUCCUAUUUCAUGGAUGUGAAAUGCCCAGGUUGCUAUAAAAUCACCACCGUCUUUAGCCAUGCACAAACAGUAGUUUUGUGUCUUGGCUGCUCUAUUGUCCUCUGCCAGCCUACAGGAGGAAAAGCAAGGCUUACAGAAGGAUGCUCCUUCAGAUGGAAGCAGCACUAAAAGCACCCAGAAUCAAGAUGAAUGGGAAACCAUCCCAAUAAACGCAUUUUGGAUACAUCCUGUUUAUUGUCUUGUUUUACUGCUAGGAAGCUCCUACCUCACGUAUUCAGGGGCAACUCUAGAGUCAGUUGGGGCAAUCUGUGAAAUCAAAUGAAGGCAGUUUCCAAGUCAAAAGUCCACAGGGCUGAAUAUAAGGACUCCUUACCAAGAAAGAGGAAAGCUGUUGAUGCCAACACCGCAAAGAGGGUAAAGAGGAAAAUCUGGUAAGAACCCAUGAACUUCUGGAGGACACCUUAAUCUUCACACUGAUCUACGCAUUGGCAGAAUAAAAGAAGAUAAUAGUUAUUUAAUACAUCCAGGACAGACGCUGCAUUUAAAAUCUUGUGUGGUCCUAAGAGUAUCUAGCUGAAGCACUCAAAACCUAGCCCUCUAAGAAAUUCUUUUGCUUCUUACCAGAGAAAAAGGGGUGAACUGUACUUGGCUCCUCUACCUCUUUUUGGCUUUUUACCUCUCUAACGUAAUAAACUACAAUUAUUGAGUCUCUCAUUUCUUUUCAGCUUACAAAAGAAUAUUUCAAUCCUCUGCCACUUUAAAGUGCCUGUUACCUUUCCUGUGCACUUGAACUCCAGGUAACAUGCUUCCCUUCACCAAGUUUGUGACAAUGUACAGUGAUUCAACUUCUACUUUUAAUCCCUCUAACCUAAAACAUUUCCUUGGAUCACCAAUGAUCUCUUAUAUCCAGGGGCCACUUGUCCUUUUUUAUUCAGGUGUCAUUUCUAGGGAACAUUCUGAUUUGUGUAUAACCUUGUCCUUAAUAAAUCUUCAGACUUGUGUCUUUGAAGCAUUAAAAAAAAAAGGUGUAACUAAAUUGUUCCUUAAAGCUGUUGUACUGAUCUACACUCCUUUCAGAAAUGAAUGAGUCUGUUGUUCCACGUCCUCAUCCAUACUUGGAAGGGCAUUCAUUUUAUAAAUUAAUUUGGUGACAACUGGCAUCUUUAUAAUGAGUCUUCCAGUUCAUGAACACUGCCUUUUUUCCCAUUUAUUAAGACUUUUUUCUUUUCAGUAAUUGUAAUUCCUCCAAAAAUUUCUUGUACAUAUUUUGGUUAGGCAUACCACUAGGUAUCUUGAAGCUUUUAUUACUAUUGAAAAUGGGAUCCUUUAUUUAUUAAUUUUUCUAAUUGGUUAUUACUGGUGAAUAAGAUUUCUAUAUGUUGAUUUUGUGUCUAGGGAAACUGGCAAGCUCUUCCUAUAUAUUUUCUACUUAAAAAAACUCAAGAAAAUCAUAUUGUAUGCAAAUAAGGACAUAU